AUGGCUGAGCAGAUCGAGAAGGCAUACCAGAAGCAGCACCUUUUCCAAAACACCAAGGCCCGUGUCGGCCGGAAGGUGACUACUAAGGAUAAGAGGUGGUACAAGGAUGUUGGUCUGGGCUUCAAGACCCCUGCAGAGGCUGUUAGCGGUACUUACAUUGACAAGAAGUGCCCGUUCAUCGGCGAUGUCUCCAUCCGUGGCCGCAUUCUGACUGGCCGUGUCGUUUCGACGAAAAUGACCCGUACCCUCGUCAUCCGCCGUGACUACCUCCAUUACAUCCCCAAGUACAACCGUUAUGAGAAGCGCCACAGGAACUUGGCCGCACACGUCUCGCCAGCUUUCCGUGCUGAGGUUGGCGACAUUGUCACUGUUGGUCAAUGCAGACCCCUGUCGAAGACCGUGCGAUUCAACGUUGUCCGAGUGCUCAAGAACAAGGCGGCUGCGAGGGCGUUCGGCAAGUUCUAG